GGUAACAAUUGCAACGUUUGGUGAUCGGCGUGGGCAGCAAUGAAUUCGCUGCCGGCCUGCACGUGGGUGCAACAACUGGUAGGUGUUGAUGGCAUCACGGACUAGAAUGAAGCUCGGAGACGAUCACUCCUAAGUUUGUCGACAUUUCACCAUCCAGUCAACGCAGGACGGGUUUCAUGUGCUCGUGCAUAUACGGUACAUAGAAUUACGCGGCCGAUGAACUAGACUUCUGAGAGUGCGUGUUCCUGACAAUGACGUACGAGCCCGCGAUAGCUACCAGUCUUCUAGAAAACCUACAGCUGCUUAAAAGAGACUUAGCCUGUCCGCUGUAAAAACGAGAUGGAGUUUGGCAUUACUCUUUCCAAGACGAGAAAACUAGAGGUCAAUCGGUCAUCGUGUUCAUCAUGAAAGCCGUCAUCCUCUCCGCCCUCGCGGAAGCAUCAGCCGCUGUUGAGCUCUCCACAAACCUUAACUACCAUAGUCCCUCCACCCGUCACUCCAACCUCGGAAUUGACCUUCCCACCGCCCAGCGCCGCACCCUCAAACGUGACUCCGUCCCUUACUCUCCCGAAGACCUUAACUUCACGCACGGUAUAGCCUCUGGCGACCCUUACCCAACAAGCGUCAUCCUCUGGACUCGCGUCGCUCCCUCACUAGCGUCCGACCUCGGAAACAUUAGAGUUAAAGGCAAUGUCCCUCUCUAUUCUCACGAGACAGAGCGAUAUAUUAAAGCCGAUCCCAAUCUUAUCUGCGUUGAUUGGGCUGUUUGGCCUGCCAUAUCGUCCAACACCACAAAGUGGAAGCGUCAAGUGAAUGAGACAGUGGUUGCUAGUGGUAGGGCGUAUACUAUAAGCGAUAUCGACUAUAUAAUUAAGGUCGAGGCUAAAGGGCUGAGUCCGUUUACUGAGUAUAACUACCAGUUCACUAUGUGUGGGUCGGAUAAGAAGAGCGGGAUUGGGAAGAUAAAGACGACGCCUGAUAAGAAUGAUGAUGUUAGCGAGGUUAACUUAGCGGUGUUUAGUUACAGUAACUUUCCAAACGGAUACUUUAACGCGUAUGUGAAUGCUGCGAGAAAGGGAGGAUUGGACUACGUGAUCUAUCUGGGAGAUUACCUCUACGAAAGCGCUGGUAGGGGCGAGAGGGCGCAUGAUCCCCCGCGUGUAACUUUUACGUUGGGUGACUACCGGACUCGCCAUGGCCAGUACCGCACCGACCUAGACCUCCAGCUUUUGGCAGCGAGUUACCCCUGGAUUCCUACCUGGGAUGAUUACGAGGUGGCAAACAACGGCUAUAGAGAUGGUUUUAGUGCGCUGAAUAAUACCGAGGCUUCGUUCCGUCAAGGUGGUCGGAUGGUUAGUGUCGAUUAG